GAGCCGAGGGGAGGAGCGGACGCGGAUGUCAAUUAGUAUUUGGGCUGUGUGUGAUUGGUCGGUGCCGGUGGGCGGGGCGUCAGCCCUCCUUUAUUGAAGGCUUCCCUCCUCAGCGUUGUCCUCAGUUUGCUUCCUUUUUAUGUUCCGUUGUUGACGUACGGCUGGAGCAGGAAGAUGGAACCCAGCGGAGAGUUGAGACUUGGCAAGAAGUUGAAUGAAGGUAAAACUAAGGAGGUGUAUGAGCUCCUGGAUCAUCCUGGAUGUGUCCUCAUGCAGUCCAAGGACCAGAUCACAGCGGGGAACGCAGCUCGGAAGGACCACAUGGAAGGGAAGGCUUCCAUCUCCAACAAGACCACCAGCUGUGUCUUCAAACUGCUGCAAGAAGCUGGUAUCAAGACUGCGUUCGUGAAAAAGUGCAGUGCAACUGGAUUCAUUGCCACUCACUGCGAGAUGAUCCCCAUAGAGUGGGUGUGUAGGAGAAUAGCCACAGGCUCCUUCCUAAAGAGAAAUCCUGGAGUCAAGGAAGGAUACAAAUUUUAUCCCCCCAAAGUGGAGAUGUUUUUCAAGGAUGAUGCCAAUAAUGACCCUCAGUGGUCGGAGGAGCAACUAAUUGCCACAAAACUAAACUGUGCUGGACUUGUCAUUGGUCAGGCGGAGGUGGACAUCAUGAGCCAUUCCACAGUGGCCAUUUUUGAGAUUCUGGAAAAAGCUUGGGCAAAACAAGAAUGCACUUUAGUGGACAUGAAGAUUGAAUUUGGUGUGGACGUGACCAAAAAAGAAAUUGUCCUUGCUGAUGUGAUUGAUAAUGAUUCCUGGCGUCUUUGGCCCGCAGGAGAUAAGACCCAGCAGAAGGAUAAACAGACUUACCGAGAUCUGAAGGAGAUUACUCCAGAAGCUAUGCAGAUGGUGAAAAGAAACUUUGAGUGGGUUGCAGAUAAAGUUGAGCUCCUUCUGACAAGUGAAAGCCAAGGAAGGGUUGUUGUGUUGAUGGGGUCAAUUUCUGAUUUAGUGCACUGUGAAAAAAUUAAGAAGUCCUGUUCAAACUACGGCAUUUCAUGCGAACUGAGGGUGACAUCUGCUCACAAGGGACCUGAUGAAACUCUAAGGAUCAAGGCUGAGUAUGAAGGAGACAGCAUUCCCACGGUUUUUGUUGCUGUUGCUGGUAGAAGCAAUGGUUUGGGUCCUGUCCUUUCUGGAAACACAGCUUAUCCAGUUAUUAACUGCCCACCUCUAACUGCAGAUUGGGGAGCACAGGAUGUCUGGUCAUCUCUGCGAAUGCCCAGUGGGCUUGGAUGUUCAACAGUGUUGUCUCCAGAGGCAGCGGCUCAAUUUGCAGCGCAAAUCUUUGGAUUGAACAAUCACUUGAUUUGGUCUAAGCUUCGCUCCUGUACCCUGAAUACCUGGAUCUCUCUGAAGCAAGCAGAUGCCAAGCUGAGACAAUGCAGCAUGUAACCAUGCUCCUCAUAACCAUUAACACAGGAUGUAAAUGUAUGUCCUGAUGCGGUGGUACUUAACGCACCAGGACAUUUAUGUCCUGUACAUGACGCGAGCAUCGGACCAGUGCUCACAUCAUGUGUGGCAGGUCGCAGCUGCUACCAGCAGCCAGGGACCUGCUGGUAAUGGCAGACAUCAGUGAUCGUGCUGAUGUCUGCCAUUAAAUCCUCAUGCUG